GAACGCGCCCGCGGGACGGGGACGGCUCCAUGGGGAUGGCCAAGCUGCGACUGCUCUGCGCCGCGGUGGCUCUGCUGUGCGCGGCUCCGCCGGGACAUCCCGGGGCUGCGCAGCCCGCGGGCGAGGGGGACGGGUACGGGGUGAAGCUGUGCGGCCGCGAGUUCAUCCGCGCCGUCAUCUUCACCUGCGGCGGCUCCCGCUGGAAGCGGCUCUCCCUGCUGGCCGUGGAGCCGGCGCCCGCGGCCGAUUCUGCACAAACAGCAAGUAACAAACCACUGGGAAAUUUCAACCUGCAAUCAAUUUUGGAUCCUGAAGUGGAGCAGAGAAGCAGCCCAUUUCUUGGAUGGGAGACGUUUAAGGACUUGUAUAGUUUAAAUUACUAUAAUGAAUAUGUACCUAUGGCAGGAGACUUCAAAAAACUUGUUCGCCAGAUAGAGGAAGCUGUUCAGAAGGACAGGGGAGGAACAGGAAAUGAAAAUUCCAUGGAAUCAAGCAACUAUCUUUGGGCCAGGUAUCCCAGAAGAAAACGGGAGUCCCUGGGUUUGGCGGGAAUGUGUUGCAAAUGGGGCUGUACUAAAGCUGAAAUUAGUACUAUAUGCAGAGUUUAAUAUCCUCUCUACAUUUAUGCAUGAAAUAAUUAGUGUUUGUUGCAGUGUUACUUGAUUGAAUACUUCUUGGAGGAAGAAAACUCUUGCUGUAUUUUAUUUUCUCUAUAUGUGCCAGUCAAUAUAGCUGGUUUUCUUAAAAAAAAAAAACAACCCAAAUSAACAAAACAAACAAAAUACAAGUGUAAUUGCAAUGAGUUUGUUUUGCUGCAGUAACUUCUAAUCUGGAUUUUUUACUACAUCUUUUCAUUUUAAUGUGGAGCCUUUACACUUAUAUUACAAAUGUAUUAUAUCUUUGUAACACUUU